AUGUUAAAAUUGGUGUUGUUACCGCUGUUAGCGGCCAGUGUUAGUGGAAAAUUAUGUGACUUAAAAAACUCUUUGGAUAUAACUGGUGGCGAAAAAAUAAAAAAUAUGAUAUCCUUUAGCGGCAUGGUCUUCAAGGAUUCAGAAUACCAGAGUGCUAAUAAAACGAGCCGCGCGUGUAUCAAGCAACUGACAUUAAACAAAUGUUGUCCCCUCAACGAAGGGUACAAUGGUGAAAAGUGGAAAUGUGAGCAGAACAUCACCAACUUUCAGCCAGUUGGUGAUGUCCGGACGGUGAAUAACGAAACGGUGAUGGACUUUAUCCAGUUUACAACGGGGAAACCGAAGUGCGGUGACAACAGAGUGCGUGUAGCUGUUGGGGAUGUGUUUCCUAAUUUCAAAAUUGGAAUGGACGGAAAACUUUACGUCGACAUUCCUACGGAUAUCAAACGCUGGACCGCCUUCACACCGGACAUGUAUUGUAUUGACACAUUCGUGACUGAAAAGGGGGAGGAGAAGAUCACCCAAAUCGAUGCCCUGGUCUGUUUCGACCAGAAACCUCACCAGGAUACCAGUUAUGUCGCUAGCAUAACCUGCAUGCUAACAUCUUGCGUGUUCAUACUGGCUACGGUAGCCGUGUACUGCUGGUUGCCAGAACUCUGCAACUUGCAUGGAAAGGUGCUGAUCGCUUACCUCCUGAGCCUCUUCGUCGGCUUCAUCUUCCUCUCCACUAUGCAGAUCCUUCUCAGCAUGGAUAACAUUACUCAGCAAUGCUGUAUGAUUUUCACCUUCAUAAUCUACUAUUUUCUCUUGGCCGCGUUCUUUUGGCUCAACGUCAUGUGCUUCGACAUUUGGUGGACUUUCAGUGGUCACCGCGGCAUGUCCAUCGAGAGGAUGUCAGCAGAAACCAGAUUUAGGGCGUAUGCGCUCUACGCAUUCGGUUGUCCCACACUUUUGACCAUACUAUUAGCUGCGCUGGAGUUUUCCGAUCUACCACUUGGCUGGUAUCUACCUUUACUUACUCAGCAAGGGUGUUUCAUCGCUGGAACAAGCCGUCUUCUGUACCUGUAUGGACCGAUUGUAAUCCUUAUUGUUGCUAACAGUGUCUUCUUCCUUUUAACUCUAUUGAAAAUAAAAGUUAUCAAGGACCAAACAGCCGUAUUGAAGUCUAGAGAGAGUGCUACAACACACGAUAAGCACAAUAAUGACAAGCAAAGGCUUUUCCUUUACUUGAAACUAUUUAUCGUGAUGGGUAUCAACUGGGGAUUAGAAGUAUUAAGUGCUUUUUACCCAGAAGCAGACAAGAUCUGGAAGUUUACUGAUGCCUACAAUGUUCUUAUCGGUCUGAUCAUCUUCAUUCUCUUCGUAUGCAAGAAGAAAAUCUACCGUUUGCUUAAAAAAAGGAUCAAAGACAGAUUUCAUGGAAGAAAUUCAGAAUUCAGAGAUACGAAGAGAAGUAAUGACAGUAGAAGCAAUUUUAACAUGGAUCUAAAGCAGAGAAGCAGUUCAGAAUCUGUUAGGACGUCAAACGGAAGCACUCUACAUACGAGCGGCGUUUAG